CUGAGCCUGGACCUGGGGGGGGUCCCUCCAACAUGGGAAAGAUGAAGAAUUCCUGCAUCAUCCUAAUGAGGCUGCUGCUGUCUGGACCCUUUUUCUUUGCUCCGGCCUCCAGCUACAACCUGGACGUGCAGAAUGUGCAGCACUUUUCCACCCCACACGCCGGGAGGCACUUUGGGUACCGCGUCCUACAGGUUGGAAAUGGGGUUAUUGUGGGAGCUCCAGGUGAGGGGAACAGCACAGGAAGCCUCUAUCAGUGCCAGACGAGCAGUGGACACUGCGAGCCAGUCAGCCUGAGAGGUUCCAACUAUACCUCCAAGUACUUGGGAAUGACCUUGGUGACAGACCCCUCAGGUGGAAGCCUUUUGGCCUGUGACCCUGGGUUGUCUCGGACAUGUGACCAGAAUUCCUAUCUGAGUGGCCUAUGUUACCUCUUUCCCCCAAGUCUAGGGGAACCUGUGCUACAAGGGCAUCCUGGUUAUCAGGAAUGUAUAAAAGGGAAUGUAGACCUGGUGUUCCUAUUUGAUGGCUCAGGGAGUUUGCAGCCAGAUGAAUUUCAGAAAAUUGUGGAAUUCAUGAAGGAUGUGAUGAGGAAACUCAGCAACUCUUCCUACCAGUUUGCUGCCGUUCAGUUUUCCACAAGACACAAAACAGAAUUUAAUUUCUCGGAUUAUGUGAGACUAAAGGACCCUGAUGUUUUAUUAGCCCAUGUGAAACACAUGCGCGAGUUGACCAACACCUUUGGUGCCAUCAACUAUGUCGCGACACAGGUGUUCCGGAAAGAGAAGGGGGCCCGUCCAGAUGCCACCAAAGUGCUCAUCAUCAUCACCGACGGGGAGGCUACUGACUUUGGCAACAUUGACAAGGCCAAAGACAUCAUCCGCUAUGUCAUUGGGAUUGGAAAGCGCUUCAAGACCAAGAAUACUCAGGAGAGCCUCCACAAAUUUGCCUCAAACCCCACAAAGGAGUUUGUAAAGAUUCUGGACACAUUUGAGAAGCUCAAAGAUCUAUUCACUGAGCUGCAAAAGAAGAUCUAUGACAUAGAGGGCACAAACCAUCAGGACCUGACAUCCUUCAACAUGGAGCUGUCCUCCAGUGGGAUCAGCGCAGACCUCAGCAAGGGCCAUGCAGUUGUGGGGGCAGUUGGGGCCAAGGACUGGGCUGGAGGCUUUCUAGACCUGAAGGCUGACUUGCAGGAUGACAUAUUUGUUGGAAAUGAACCAUUGACACCAGAAGUGAGAGCAGGAUAUUUGGGUUACACUGUGACCUGGCUGUCCUCCCGGGGGCCCACAUCACUGCUGGCUGCUGGAGCCCCUCGAUACCAGCAUGUGGGGAGAGUACUACUGUUUCAAGAAUCAAAGGACAGAGGACACUGGAGCCAGGUGCAGAAAAUAAAUGGGACCCAGAUUGGCUCUUAUUUUGGUGGGGAGCUAUGUGGCAUCGACAUGAACCAAGAUGGGGAGACAGAGCUGCUGCUGAUUGGAGCCCCCCUGUUCUAUGGGGAGCAGAGAGGUGGCCGGGUGUUUAUCUACCAGAAAAAAAAGCUGGAGUUUGAAAUGGUCUCAGAACUUCAGGGAGAUCCUGGUUACCCGCUUGGGCAGUUUGGAGCCACCAUUGCUGCCUUGACUGACAUUAAUGGGGAUGGGCUGAUGGAUGUGGCUGUGGGAGCCCCUCUGGAGGAGCAGGGKGCUGUUUACAUCUUCAAUGGGAGGAACAGUGGACUCAGCUCCCGGCCGAGUCAGCGUAUAGCAGGGUCCCAGAUGUUCUCAGGAAUUCAUUGGUUUGGACGCUCCAUUCAUGGGGUGAAGGACCUUGGAGGGGAUGGCCUGGCAGAUGUGGCUGUGGGGGCUGAGGGCCAGGUGAUUGUGCUGCGCUCCCGGCCUGUGGUAGACGUUAUCACUGUGAUAUCCUUCUCCCCGGCGGAGAUCCCAGUGCACGAAGUGGAGUGCUCCUACUCAGCCAGUCACAAGAAGAAGGAAGGUGUCAACAUCACAGUCUGCUUUCAGCUCAAGUCUCUCAUCCCCAGGUUCCAGGGUCCCCUGGUUGCCAAUCUCACCUACAUUCUGCAGCUCGAUGGCCACAGGACCAGGAGCCGGGGUUUGUUCCCAGGAGGGAAACCUGAACUCACUGGRAACACAUUGGUUACCCCAGCCAAGUCCUGCAUGAACUUCUGGUUUCACUUCCCGGUGUGCAUUCAAGACCUUAUCUCCCCCAUCAAUGUCUCCCUGAAUUUCUCUCUUUGGGAAGAAGAAGGGACACAGAGGAAUCAAAGUGUGCAGGACAAGGACUUGCAGCCCAUUCUGAGACCCGCCCCACACUCUGAGACCAAGGAGAUCCCUUUUGAGAAAAACUGCGGGGAGGACAAGAAGUGUGAGGCUAACCUGGAGCUGUCCUCCGCUGACAGACCCACAGUCCUGCGUCUGACGCCAUCUGCCAGUCUGACUGUGGGGUGGACACUGAAUAACUCGGGAGAAGAUGCUUACUGGGUCCAGCUGAACCUGAGCUUCCCCAGGGGACUCUCCUUCCGGAAGGUGAAGGUGCUCAAGCCGCACAGCCAGAUGCCUGCGAGCUGUGAGGAGCUUCCGGAGGAAUCCAGACUCCUGCCCAGGACCCUUCUGUGCAACGUGAGCUCUCCCAUCUUCAAAGCAGGCAGCUCGGUUGGUAUCCAGGUGAUGUUUAAUACGCUGCUGAACAGCUCCUGGGAGGACUUUGUCGAAUUGCACGCCACUGUGAACUGUGAGAAUGAGGACCCGCUCCUCCUGGAGGACAACUCGGCCACCACCAGCAUCCCUGUCCUGUACCCCAUCAACGUGCUCAUCAAGGACCAGGAAAACUCUACCCUCUAUGUCAGUUUCACCCCCAAAGGUCCCAAGAUUCACCAAGUCCAGCACAUCUACCAGGUGAGGAUCCAGCCUUCUGUUCAUGAUCACAACAUGCCAACCCUAGAGGCCUUGGUUGGAGUGCCACAGCCUCACAGCGAGGGGCCCAUCACACACCAGUGGCACGUACAGAUGGAUCCUCCUGUCUCCUGCCAUCGUGAGGAACUGAGAAAGUUGCCCAGUGCAGCUGAGCCUUGUCUCCCAGGAGUCCUGUUCCACUGCCCAUUUGUCUUCAGUCAGGAGAUCCUCGUCCAUGUUACCGGGACCGUGGAGCUGGUGGGCGAGAUUGAGGCCUCUACCACGUUCAGCCUCUGCAGCUCCCUCUCCAUCUCCUUCAAUAGCAGCAAGCACUUCCACCUGUAUGGCAGCAACGCCUCCAUGGCYCAGGUCCUCAUGAAGGUCGACGUGGUUUACGAAAAGGAGAUGCUCUAUCUGUAUGUGCUGAGUGGCAUUGGAGGGCUGCUACUACUGCUACUAAUUUUUGCAGCGUUAUACAAGGUUGGAUUCUUCAAACGGAACCUGAAGGAGAAGAUGGAAGCUGAUGGAAAUGUUCCAAAUGGAAUCGCUGGAGAAGACUCUGGAGAAGCAUCUCAGGAAAAGUCCAUAGAUCUGGAUUGUUUAAAGCCCCUCCAGGGAGAGGAGGCUCAGGAUGGAGGUGACAAGGACUGAGGUCCAGGCUUGAUGCACAGAGGACUCAGAACUGAACUUAAGAUUCCUGGAGCUAGKCAGCCUCUGCCUGCAUUGCAGGCCUCAGUUUCCUGGUUUUGAGCAUGGAUCUCAUUCCUGCCUGUCUCUUCUGCAGAUUCACKGUGAGAAUCUACAGAGGUGAGGCCUUGUGGUCCUCAGAUGGUCCUGGCUCCCACCAGCCUGUCUUAGUUUCCUCCCCUGGAAGAGAAUAUCUGAUUUAAAUUGAAAUUGAAAUUUGAACCGCWGUCUCAGAACCUAGUGAUACUCUGGCCUUCACCUUUGCCCUUGGAUGUCCAGAGGCCUCAGAUUGCCAGAACUUGCCCCUGUACUCUCUCCUCCUAGUGUUAGUCCCCCCCAUUCUGUUGCCAGAGAGCAAAUGUGAUCCGUGUAACUGCAUUGCUAUAGCAAAUGACAAAGACCACCUUCCUUAAGAUGACUAUCAAGGUCUUGCAGAAUUGGGUCCCUACAGUUUUGGAGAUGUCCUACCUCCCUUUCUAGGGCUUUCUAGGCUUCUGUUAUUCCAGCCUUUCUUGGCUGCCAAGCUCCUUCCUCUCUUGCUGCAUCUGCCCAGACAGCCCCCUGUGCCUGGAACAUUCCUACCCUUCAGAUCUCUGCCUACUUGUCAUUUCCUCAAGGCAGCCCCCAUCCUGGCUCAAUCCAGCUCUACAUUGUCCACACUUACACAAUCCUGAACCUGUUCCUUGUCCCCCAGGUUGUAUGUGUUCACUGCUUAAUGAUUUAUUUAAUUUUUAUCUCUCAAAUAGUGAACUCCAUCAAUGUAAGGAGAGCAGUAACUGUCCCCGUUCACCUUAGAAUCAUUGAUGCUAUCUCAGGGUAGGGCACACAGCAGGUGUUUGUCACAAUUUCAUUAAAUUCAUGAUGGAACCUAUGGAAAGAUAUAAAAAAUGUUUAGACAGGCCCUUGGGAACCCUGUCAAGGCUCAGCCUUCACAGGUUCUGCCCCUCUCCUGGUUCCACAGUGCCUGCUCAGAGGAAAGCCAAGCUCAAAAUGGAAUGGGUUCCACUGGUGCCUUGCCACCAAGCACAGUGCCUGUACAUAUUUGCCCAGUAAAUGUGAGAUUCGGUCCAAUUUUGUUUUUGUGCUGUUGCAACAUUCCAGACUGGUUCAAUUAGAUAAACAUUCCCCUUUCAACCUAAGAGGUUGCAGUUCUCCCUAAGAGGAACCAAAAUGGUCAGCUCUGCCUCUUCCUUCUCUGUGACUCUCUCCUUCUCUCUCUCUCUCUCUCUCUCUCUCUCUCUCUCUCUCUCCCUCCCUCCCUCCUUCCUAUCCUCCCUCUUUUUUUUCUUUUACCAUGGUGACCCUCAGAUACUGAUCUGUGCCUGACCUUGUAGGUUUUAUUAAAAAGAGAAGGAGAGGGGCUGGG